AAGGUUGCUGCUGCGUGGAUUCGGAGGGAUGGUAAAGAGUAGAGAGGCACGCAGAAGAGGGAAGAGGUCGGGUUGUGGAACGGAUAGAGCGGUAGUGGCUCUGGCAGCAGCAACACGUAGUACACGGUAGCACCGCGACGAGAACGCACACGGUUUAUACCACGUCGCUUUAGUAGUCAGUAGACUCGCUUCGAGCCAGUUUCACUCGGUCCAGUGGCGCAGUCGCGUUACGCGUAUAUAUUUUUUCGUAUCUUCAACUACACCAGCAUCAUCACUACUACAUCACCAUCACCAAUUACUACCAACGUCGUUGUUACCACCACCUGCACCGUUGAGUGUGUCAACAUACAUACGUAAACGUCAGCAGGAUCACCGAGUCAUCGGGUUGCUCCUGGGAAAUAAGUUACAGAAGAAAACGUUUAUAUCUUCGAGACGGCGCGAGAAUGAAGCUGUGGUGGAGUUUAGCGCUGGUCGGUGUCGCCCUCUUGAUGAUCAUUGUUACCGCCAGAGCGGAAUCUGAUCUCUGGGAAGAAGACGACAAGGAAGUUCUUGUGCGAACCGUUCGUGGCACUAAAGAACGAGCAUCCGGCAGUACUUCGUCGUGCAGAUACGUGAAGGGUCAAUGGUCGGAGUGCGACUCGAAAACCAACACUCGGUCCCGAACACUGAACCUUAAAAAGGGCGACAAGUCGUGCGAGCAGACCAAGACCAUCCAGAAAAAAUGCAAAAAAGCUUGCCGGUACGAAAAGGGCACGUGGAGCGGAUGCGUGAAUCAGCUGAUGACAAGAGUGGACAAUUUAAAAGCGAACAGUGAUACUUCAUGCGAAAAAACGCGUCGAUUGACCAAAAGGUGUAAACCGGAAACCAACACCAAAAAAUCACCCAAAGGAGAACGAGCAAGCAAGAAGUCGGGUAAACAGUAAACGAGGACAAUCGUCGAUCAAUCACUUAAUGGAGUACGCAGCGAUCUGUUUCAUACAGGCAACGAAAAUACUAUCUUGUCUUUUUCACGUGAACUCUAAUUUUCAAAUGAACAGAGAAGGAAAUAUUGUAUUUUAAGUAUUGAUAAUGAUUAUAAUUGAAAAAGAAAUUUCAUCAAGUAUGAUCAUAAAAUCUGACUUUUAAAACGUUUUCGAACGUUGCUGUCAGUACAUAUUUCAUCGAUAAUAAUUAUCGAUUAUACAUGUUGGCUAUUUUCAGAAUUACUUCCAUUAUAUGUGGCCAAAUAUUAAUAAUCGCCAUACAGAUAUAUUAAAGAGUAUAGCUGGAUUCAAUAACGUUUUCCUUUUUUUACAAUUCUGUAAUUUUGCUGUGUAUCGAUUUAUUUAUGAAUAUUACUGAUCUUAUCCUCGAUACAGUGACAUAAUUAAAUUAUUAAAAAUUGUUGAUUAUUCUUUGAUACUAUUUUUUUUUCUUUCUUUUAUCAAAUCUUUAAAUAAGUAAUCCGAUAAAUAUGACAUAUAAUAAAUUGUAAAUAUAAUUGGCAAAAUAUAUGAAUUGUUAUUUUCUUAAGAAAAUAAUUUUUUCUUUUUUUGUAUGUUUUAUAAAGUUACGAUUAUUAUUAUUAUUAUUAUUAUAAGAUGUUACUGUAUCGAUGAUAAAACGUUUCAUAACAUGAUAAUUGUAUAGUAAUACAUUGUGGUAAAACCCUUAGUUUCAAGAAUCAACACGAAAUGACUGCCGUUGAGGUUCUUUAUAAAAUAUAUUCUUGCUAGAAUAUAUUUUAUCAUCGUUACGAAUCCAUACGAAUUUUCAACGUUGUACGAUUAUCAUAGCGUAAAUAGAAAUUCCCAAUUAGAAGUAGUUUAUGUUUCUUUUAAAAUACGUCGACAGAUAAAAAAAAAAAAAAAAAGAAAAAGAAAGACAAGUGGACGAUCGUAUGGUCUUUAUAUAUAAAAUGCCCGUUAACUUUGUCUUCCUCUAAAAAAAAUAAAAUAUAUCGUCAUUAACGCGAACAUUUUGUUCGUUUAAUUCGUUAAUUUUGCACGCACAUUCUUCUGCGUAUGAUUGUUUUAAGCUGGCUCUCUGUUCGGCUUUCUUUUCUUAAUAUUUAUACUUGAAAUCAGGUACAACAUUUGUGAACAGAGAUUUUAUCCUUUCAACAUAGGUAAAUAUACCGUGUUUGAUGUUAACUAUGUCUUAUACAUUCAAAAGGUUUCCAAACUUUUCGGACGUUUUCAAUCUUAUUAGAAUGUAAUCGAGGUUCCAAGAUAUAAACUUACUUAUGCUAAUGAUAAAAGUAAUAAAGUAAUACUUUUUUACGAAAAAGAAUAUAGUUAAAAGUAAAUAAAUAUUAAAUAAAUAUUUAAAUAACUUUUAAAAUAUCGAAUUAAUUGGAAAGUUGGUUUGAAAACUGCCGCGUCCUUAAGUUUGGGAAUCAAUAUUUUACGUAAUAAGCACGAUUAAAUAAUUAUUACCAUUUCUCCGAUAUGUAAUAAUAAUUCUUCUCGACAAGACGUAACCUUCGCAUAAAAUGAAACGUCAAUAUAUACAGUCUCUUUAUAUGUGUCUCGUAUUAUCUCUGAAUGAAAAACUUAUAAUAACGAAAGCCAAAUGAGCAUAAAAAUCAAAUUAACAUAAUAACAAAAGUCUCAGGCUUCUCGUAGAUCUGGGGACUAAUUAAAUUAAUUAGAACUCGUCUCUACGAGGUGUUCCAUUGAAACUAUAGAAAUCAAACCUUCCCCUUUCCGAAUACAAAAUUGUAUUUGUUUUUAAGUCUAGAUGUAUACGAAACAAGAAAAAUUCGAUAAAGCUAAUAAAAGUCAGCUAAUUCAGGUAAUGAUGCCGAGUAUAUACGGUAUAUCUGUAUAAAAA